GCGAGCAGAGCCUCUUUUAUCGCUUUUUUGAGCGGAUAGGAGACGGAAAAUAGCAUAUGUACCGUAAGAAAAGGCUCUGCUUGCAGGGUGUUCAAAACUUUGGUUAUCAAGUUAUGACACGGUACUCUUCGCUAUCAGUCGACUCUCUUCGGGGUUCUUCGGAAAGUACUCGGGUUCCAAACCGAGAAGGCACUGGGGAGGAAAUUUUUAAAUAACAUGGAGGCCAACAUGGCGGAUGAACAUCUACACGUAGCAACUUGUGGCUAACUACAGUUUUAUCGCAUCAUGAGUGGAGUUACGGAAGAGGCAGUCCUCUGCAUGCAGCAUUGUAGUAAUCAAAUGAAUAUUUUCUUCACAAAGUUUCCCGAGAUGUGUCCUUUGUGUGGCCAGUCGCUGAAAAGCUGUUCUUUGAUAAUACCCCCAUUUCGUAUUCCAAGUCCGUUUGUUGCACAGAAUAAUGUUUCUGGCGUGCUUUUGGUGAAGCCGACGAAGGGCUCGUUCUUGAGGGAUUAUAAAAGUGGAGAUGAUCUUCAUGUAGGAAUUGUGGCGACAAAUGGAAAGGUUUAUAAUUUUGAUGAAAUAGGCCUCCAUGCUGACAGCACUAACUGGGAGCAGUGUAUUGCUGUGAGUGUGAAUGUGGAUGUUUGUGUUUCUAACUCAGAACAUUGGGACUCUAAACUUCGACAGAUGCUUUGCAGUGGGUUGUGGACUUACAAAGAGUAAGUUAGUACAGGAUU